AAAGUCUUUUACUCGCGUGAAUGCGAGGGAGAGAGAGCUAAAAAAAAAAACGAGAGAUCCAAAAACCCUAAUCGUCACUCUCUCAUUAUCUACUCGCCUCUUAAACCCUUAUUUUCUCUGCGCAAUCUCUCGAUUUCCAGUGUUAUUUCGCUGCUCAGUCAGCCUUUUUAAUCCUCUCUUCUUGAAGCGCGACGGCCGUCGUUUUCGUUAUCGUUUGCUUGCAAUCAUUUGACAGGGCUGUCCGUGUAAUUUGUUUCGGCUUAUGCAUGCUGAUUUUGUUUGAGAGGGCACUGCCUCAGUGUCAUUGUCCUUGAGGAGGUCAAUUUUUAUCUCAUUGUUGGGGUUUCUUGCGGGUCUUCAGAAUGACUGCUGCUGAGCCUGUGGGCCCUGUAGUAGCAAGGAAGUUGAAGAUUAAGUUCUCCUCCAAAAACCUAAAUGCCUCUUCUGGGAUGAAUGCAUGUGAAUCUGGGCAUAAUGUGGAAAAGGAUUUUCACUCUCCGGUUUGUGGUACAUGGAAUCCCCCAGAGCGCAAUGCUAUUAAGCGUAGGUUAUCAGCAAAGUUGGAGGAUGGACGACCACAGAAGAAGCAGAAGAUGGACCCUGGUGUGAUGCACCGGUGUUCUUCCCUUUUGAGAUCACUGAUAAAUCAUCCAUCUGGUUGGGUUUUUAAGACUCCUGUGGAUCCAGUGAAACUGGAAAUUCCUGAUUAUUUUGAUAUAAUUACUAACCCCAUGGACUUGGGUACCAUCAAAUUUAAGCUGGAUCAUAAUCAGUAUUUUGCAACUGAUGAGUUCGCAGCUGAUGUCAGAUUGACUUUCUCAAAUGCCAUGCUCUAUAAUCCUCCGUCCAAUAAGGUCCAUACAGUUGCAGUGAAAUUGAAAGAGGUUUUUGAGAAAAGGUGGAAGGCCCUAGAGGAAAAAUGGCUGCAUCCUGAAAUAGAAAAAGCUGGUGAUAGGGAUCUUAUUAUUGCAAAGUCAAAAGAUAUUGGCCACACAAGACAGAAUAGUCCUAAAACACCCCCUCUGCAUAAUGCCAUGUUGCCAAAGAGGUCAAAUCCAUCUGAAGGCAAGGUGCUGAGGUGCUCUUCUUAUGUUAGACCUGCAGAAGUCAAGCUUUCUAAACCAGCAGGAAACUGCAAUCAAAAGCCAGUGCACCAACAUUUGAACAAAGGCACAAAUGAUGGUGGUAAACAUACACGCAAAUUUGUCCAUGUGAAACCAUCCUUGAAUCCAGUUAGUAAAUGUUGUACAUGCGGGAAAAGUUCCUGUCAGUGCAUACUUUCCAGUAAUUCAGCUCACGCUUCUUCAGACAUAUCUUCUGAGAGGUCAUCAGGGAGAGGUCAUCAAGCUCAUAGCACUGAUACUUCAAAAGUGGAAUUACAGGAAAAAUGCAUGUCAGUAUCUCAGAUGAGCAAGUCAGAUCCUGAUUCUGACGGAGCUGUAAGUGCUUUGGAUGAGGAAAAUGUAUGUCCGAGUUCUGAGCUAAUGACUCCUGCAACAGAUGCAAAUUCAGGAGAAGGAUGGGGACCUUCUAUUUUUGAUGUGCAACUAUCUCCUACAAAAGCUCUUCGUGCUGCAAUGCUAAAACGUCGAUUUGCAGAUACCAUAUUAAAAGCACAGCAUAAGACACUCCUAGAUCAGGGUGAUAAGGCUGAUCCUGUGAAGCUGCAACAGGAGAAAGAACGACUGGAAAAGAGGCAGCUUGAAGAGAAGGCUGUGAUUGAAGCCCAGAUCAGAGCUGCUGAAGCUGCCUCACGAAAGAAGGAGGAAAUGGAGUUGAAAAAGCAACGGGAGAAGGAAAGAGAAGCUGCUCGACUCGCUUUGGAGAAUAUGGAAGAAACUGCUAAGAUCGAGCAAAACAUUGUGAUCGUAAAAGAACUUGAGAAGCUUAGCGGCUGUUCCCUAUCAUACAGUUACAGUUUCGGCAGGAAAGGGGCUGAUACUGUGGAAGGCAAGAUCGAAGGAGCUGAUUCUUGGAUUCCACUGGAGCGGUUGGGUUUGUUUAUAAAGGAUGAUGUCGUCGAUGAUGAAGAGGAGUUAUUAUCAGUCGGGGAUGAAGAGGAAGGUGAAAUAUUUUCAUGAAUGAAAUAGUAUCAAAAAAAAAUUUCUUUUCGUUUUCUGACUCUGUUAAUAGCUCUUUGCAUUGGCAGUGAAAGGUAAAAGUGAUUGUUUGUAAAUCAAUAUAAUUUUGUAGGAUCGGUGAUGAUGUAAUUACGAAUAUUUAUAGGACAAAUAUUAGCAGGUGAGAAUGUUGUCCUUUUUGGUAUGCACUGUCUUAGAUUUUAAAUUGUUCUGCCCGUUAUAUGUCAAUUGAAUGUAUGAUAUUUUCUUUAUCAAA